AUGGCCUACUUUACUGUAAAUCGAAUCAAUACCAUACGAAACUUGCAAUAUAAAAAUACUUUCCUGAUUCCUGAGAUUAUAUAUGACCUAUUAUUGAUGUUAAGCCUGUAUACCUUCUUGCUAGGUAUAUUGUUCCACGAUAACGCCUUCUGCGCUCCUGGUAUCCGCUCUAUAGGCGAUCUAAGGCGUUUAUUUCUGGAGGGUGAUCAGUAG